AUGACUAUAAAAAGCAUUGUGGUCGGCAAGCAACAUCUAGACAACAACAACAACAGUUGUAUAGGUUCCUCAGAAAAUGUACCAAUUUACAUAAUUGCACUAAUUGCUCUGUUAAUUUGCUUUCCAUUACAAUUCCUUUUUAAAUUCGGAGUGCUCUUCCUCUCUGACUUCGGUCUCCUUCCCUUUCUGUCAGUCUGUUUAUGCUCUCAAUGCCCUGUUUUAUCCUCAUUUGUGCUUUAUGCAUCCAUUUCUCUUACAGCUACAGCGUUAACCAGCGUCACUGAUCCUGAGAUUAAAUCUCUGUCUGAGACGCUGUACAGGUUGGACUCUAACAGGGCCACGGCCUCACAGCUGGUUAUUGACCCGCAGGAAGAGAUCCCCGACUCUGAAACCAGCUCUCAGAGUGACCUCGCAUCACGCCCAUUAUUUAAGUAUGUGAACGAGGGUACAUUGUUCUCCAAGCCCACAUACAAAGCUCUCCUAAAUCUGCUGGAUAACUAUAAAAGGGCGACAGGAGAUGCUGAGGAUGUCCCCUCUCAGGAGACGCAAGAGCAGGACACAUUUCUUAGAGAGACAAUGUUGAACACUGAACUGGGCAGAGAGCUCUAUAAUUUCCUUCACUCUAAAGGUGCAUACGCAUCACAGAAUGAGUUCAUCCAGGAUCUAAAGAUGAUGUGGUUCGGCCUUUACUCUCGAUCUAAAGGCAAGCUUGAUUCGAGCGGAUUUGAGCACGUCUUUGUAGGGGAAAUUAAGGGUGGUAAGGUGUCUGGUUUUCACAACUGGCUGCAGUUCUAUCGGAAUGAGAAACAGGGACUCUUGGAUUACUACAGCUACAGUUUUGAUGGCCCUUGGACCACAUAUCCUGAUGUGUUGGGAAUGCAGUUCGAAUGGGACGGAUAUUUUAAGCCGGUUGGAUCUGCUUUUAUUGGCUCUAGUCCUGAAUUUGAUCUGGCUAUCUACACUCUCUGCUACAUCACUCGUCCAGGCAAAUUAUGUCGUGUGAGUCUUGAAGGAAACAUUCAAGCCAUUCAGACCUACACAUGGGACAAUAGCAGUUAUGGGGAUGGAAAGAAGUACAUUGCCUCUGCCUACCCUGCAACACCCUGAAUUUCCUGAAUAUGAAUCAAUGAGUCAAUGCCAA